GUGACGUCACGACCUAUAAAAGAGAGACGGUGUUGGAGAAGAGCUGGUUGAAGUAUUUAGAUAGGAAACCGUGUCAUUUUUACUUGAGUUAAAGGUGUAUGAGCAAUAAGUAGAUUAAAUCCGUAUUCAUUUAUUAGUAUUUAGUGUACAUAGACAUUGUUAGUAGUGUAGAAUUGACGUUAUGUUACAUCGGACGAGAAUGGCGUGUGCUUUCGCCAGCGUGUGUCUUAUAAUACUGGCAAUGGAUGCUGGGGUAAUCAAGGCAGCUAACCCAACUAACACCUCCAGUCUAACAUCAGAAAACACGGAGUUGAAAAAAAAUCCUAUUGAGAGAGGGAUGGAAGUUUUAUAUCAGAUGACCAACUCAUUUUUGGGAAUUGUACAAAAGGGUCAUUUAUAUGAUCAAAAGUGGUUAAAUUUAACAUUAUUAAUUCAAGGAAAUUUUGAUAGUUCCCAAAUAACUGAAGAUUGGAGAGAAGUAGCCGAUUAUGGCAUGGGAUUUUCAGUAUGUCUGGUAUUCGGACUCUUGUUUGCCAUUUUUAUGCCAUUUGUUGGGUGCAUCUUUUGUUGUUGUCGUUUGGCCGGAAAAUGUGGUGGAAAGAGAAAAAGUAAAGAUCCUAAACGUGCAAAAUGCAAGAAAAUUUCCUAUUGUACAGUUCUCCUCAUUAUAAACAUUUUCAGUUUAGCUGGAAUAGUCUGUGCCUUUGUUACAAGUGAUUUAAUACACCAGAAACUGGAAAAUGAGAAUAAUGAAGGACCACUUGGUACAAUCGAUAGUGCCCUAACAAAAAUAAGAACAUAUGUAAAUGACACAGUUAAUGAUUUACAACAACAAGCAUUAGAUAAAUUUGAUAGCGCAAGAAAUGAUAUAAUUACAUCAAUUAACAGUUCAGCAGCUACAGCUGUAGAUAGAGUAUUAAAGUUAGUUAAUGCCAGUACUUACUUAAAUCAAGCCAAAGAUCUUAGUAACAAGGUUAAUGAAGCUAGAAAUGAACUAAUAACUAUCAACACAACAUUACUUGAUUUGAAAACUAAUGGAGAUAACUUAACAGAAGAGCUAAAGCAACUAAAGGAAGACAUUAAUACUACAUGUGCUAGUAGAGCGAGUGGAUGUAAUAAACUUGAUUUAAAUGAUUACAAUACAGAUGCUGAUUUCAGUAAGUUGGGUGACUUUUCUACAGAGAUCACAAAAGUAUCCGAUAGUUUGAAUAUUUCCGAAUUUGUGAGAGAGGCCGAAGGUAAAGUGAAUGACGUAAAGAAGAAUUCUACAGAUGUCAUUAGAAGCAAUAUAGAUGAGGCAUCGACAGCUGUGAACAAGAUAAGAACACAGAUGGUUACUGGUAUAAAUGAUUAUAAAAGUAGUAUACAAAAUACAAUGAAUCCAUUAACAAAUUUUCAAACUCAACUAGAUAAUAGUCAGGAAGAUGUCAAACAAUAUGGAAAUUAUAUUUGGUAUGCUGGUAUAGCAAUAAGCUGUGUGUUCCUAUUAAUCUUAGUGUGCUAUUGUUUGGGAGUUCUGUUUGGAUUAUGUGGAGAACGACCAGGACGUGGGGCAGCAUGCUGUAAUACAGGAGCUGGAGGAAAUUUUUUGAUGGCUGGUGUUGCGUUUUCCUUUAUGUUCUCAUGGAUAUUGAUGAUAAUCUGUAUCAUAUUGUUUAUACCGGGUGGAUUAGUCUAUACUGAAGUCUGCAGAUAUUUUCAAACUCAUGAUCCCAACCUUCUAAAGCCAUUUGAGGACCAAUUUACACAAGGUUAUGACCUGUCACAGAAGUUAUAUCAAAAGCCUAAUGCUAAUAUAAGUAUUGUUCAGAUACUCAAUAACUGUAAAAACAAUCAAGCUAUCUAUACAGCAGCAUAUUUAGAAAAUCUAAUCAGUUUAGAUUCAGUACUCAAUUUAACAUCGGUUAAUACCCAGAUUGAUGACAUCGCUAGCUCAAAUAUCAAUUUUAACAAUAUAACAAUCUUAUCACCAGAAUUAAAAAAACAAAUUACUGAUUUUGGAAAGGCAGGAAUUGGUAACAUUGACUAUGUUGCAUACGAAGAAGAGAUCAACAAGAAUUUAACUCGAGUUGAUUUAACGGAAUUAGCAGGUAAAUUGACAAACUAUGCAAAUGAAAUACGGAAUUCAAACCAGGCAGAGGCUAACAAGUUUGAUGGUUUUGCUCAGAGAUUAAGAGAUAUAGAUAAUACAGUUGUUUCAAAAAUGAAAGCUGAUGUGAAAAAAAUGGGUGAUAAUUUAAAUAGGUUAAAGGCUAAAUCUAAUGUUGAAAAUGAAACAACAGCACUUGUUGCUGGAUUGGAAACAUCACAAAAUACAUUUAACGCUGAUGGAGUCACUUUUGUUAAUGAUAUGAUCAAGGAUGUAGUUGCUACUGUUAAAACUACAGUAUCCAAUACAGUUGGUGGUGUUAAAGAUUAUGUAAAGAAGGAUGCUGGGAAAUGUGCUCCCCUAUUUGAAAGUCUUUAUUUGCUUACUGAUUCAGUCUGUGUUGUGAUGUUAAAUCCUUUGAAUGGUUUUUGGUUCAGUAUGGGAUGGUGUCUAUUCUUCUUUAUACCAAGUAUUAUAUUUGCUGUUAAACUGAGUACCUUGUAUCAUAGAGAAGAAGAAUAUACUGAAAAAGAAUUUGAUGAGCCAAAUUUUACAAUGUAUGCUGGCCCUAAUCCAGAUAGAAUACCACUAACAAGUAUGGAUCAGCCGCAUGAAAGAGGUUAUGGUGCUCACAACACUGGUUACCGUGACGAUGGCUACAAUGGAAAAUCACGGAAUGGAUAUGCGACGCAUGCUGAAAGCCCUCCGGCUUAUGAUGAUAACUAUAAUAGAGAUAAACAAUAAAUGGAUAUUGGCCGUCAGAAUGGCAAUAGAUCCGGUCGACCCAUGAAUUAUUAGAUUUGAAGAAUACAGAUGAAUACAUGAUGAUAAAGCCAUUUCAUCUUCAGAUUUAGAAUUUAGGCAUAUUGAUCCCUUUGAGACUAAAGGGUUUUAAAUUUAUUGAUCAUUGAGACUAAAGGAUUUUUAUUUUUUUUUGGUAGAACUCAAAGCAGAUGAAGUAAGUCCUGUUUUAAAGUGACCGUUUCUCUCACUGAUGUAAGUGCUUACACAAAAUGUAUUAUUGCACAGCAUUUCAAAUUUAUCAGCUUAAAGAGGCAUUAUCACUUUCAGUGUAAUAUCAUAUUUAAGAUAACCUUAUCACAUACCUGAGCACUUAGCUACUCAAGGUAAGGCAUUUUGUUUAAACGCCCCCUGAAUUCUUUGAAAACCACAAUCUAUAUAUACCUAAUCUAAAGGAUUAUCCCCGCGAUCGAUUGGCAUAUUUCUUUCGGAUUUCUCAUAUAACCUAAUUUGAACAUAUGUACUCAGUGUUGAAUCAUGGCAAAUUCAAAACAGUAGAUAAUGUUUUUUUAAGGGACAGUCACUUUAAUUCAAUACUUAUAAACAAAUAUGCAUAGCCUAAGGGUAAGAUAUAUAUUUUGUAGUAAGAGAAAUGUCCUAUUUUUAUACGUUUUUUGUUGUUUUUUUUUUGUGGUGAGAAAAUUAACUACGCAUUAUAUGAUAUUUUAGAUAUCAGAAUGUUUUAAUUUGUAAAUUUCUAUGUAGAAUAUAUUUUUUUUUGUGAUUAACCUGUACAGUGUGUUCCUUCCUUGUAAAUGUGUGCGUUUUGUUUUUUUGUGGUGAGAAUACGCCUCUUGCACCCAAAUAAGUGUAUUUUUUUGUGAUAUAUUAUGAAGAGGUCAAAGACAGCUUCUUAUUGCUUAUCAUUCACUAUUUAAUUUGUUGCAAGCUCUUCAUUGAUACCUGAUUUUUAGUGUGUUUUGUUUGUUUUAUAUGUUGAUAUAGAAUGGUUUUAUAUUGUUAUCUAUGGUGGUAUAUAAAACAGAAAUUUAUAAUUGAUGGAGAAUGACAUUAUUUGCCUUGAAAAUAUUGAUAAAAACCUCUGGGAAAUUUCAGUUAUUAAAUUAAGCUAGUUCUAGCUCUGUAUUUCAAUUGCUCAUGUUAAAGAGUCAAUUAAUAUUUUUCACCUUAUUUCAAUAUGAAGCUGAUCAUAUUGAUCUGCUGUUUUAAUUUCUACUAGAUAUGUUAUUUCACUCCUGUUUCGAACAUAAGAUAUUAAUUCCAUUUGACAGGCUAUAAUACAUAUUUGGAAUUCCAUCUUCGCACCCCACAUACGGCUAGCAGGAUAUGGAUGGUUAUCGAAAAUAUGUACAUUUUGCUCCCCUUUGUCAUGCUCCUGACAUCAGGUAACAUCAGGUAACAUCAGGUAUCUGAUAAAAAUAAAAAUGCUAUACCGUAUACAUUCCUUUUUUUUUACAUACAAUUUAACAUGCCAGAAUUUUUAACAACUGUGUUCAUUCUACACCUUUAUAAUUAUUGUCCCAUUAAAUACGAUUACAUUAUUAUUAUUAUUAAUAUAUUAUUGCCUAUGUUAAAUUGUUAUGUUUUAUAUAUGUUUCCAUUUAUAUGCAGUUAUGAAUAUAU